AUGUCGUCUUCAGGCGACGACACUCCUCUGGUGAGGGGAAGCGACCAAGCAAAGUCUUCCGCGAAAAUCACAAAGGAGGAAGAUAGGAAGAUGAACGCCGAAAUACCAUCCAACGGCCACGUGGAGCCUGGCAUCUCGAUCCGCAUGGGCCCUAUCGAUGAGAGCAAGAUGGAUGUCGAUGCGCCCGAGACGAACGGCAACACCAACGGAAAGCGCAAGGCGCGCACGAGCGUAGCGAACAGCAAAUCGUACAAGGAUGCAAGCAGCUCAGAGGAUGACGACAAGCCUUUGAGCAAGCGACGGCGGACGUCACAGCAAUCGAAGCCCAUCAAGGACGAGUCUGACUCGGAACUCAGCGACGUGCCUCUCAAAGCCAGGGUGCCCCCCAAGGCGACCGCCGCACAGAUUGGCGAGUCGGCAGACUCUGAUGUGCCCCUAGCUACGAAGCUCACGAAAAAGAAGGAAUCCAUCGAGAAGGCUGCCGCGAAGGAGGCAAAGGCGAUUCGUAACAAAGAAAAGGCGCCUCCAAAGCGUAAGCAAAAGGUGGAGAGCGACAGCGACGAAGAUGUUCCUCUUGCGAAGAAGAAGGCCCCGGCAAAGAAGUCCAACGGCGUCAAGAAAGAUGAAUCUGAUUCGGAUGCUCCCCUUGCCAAGAAGGCGGCUCCAAAGAAUGCCAAGGCUAAGGCAGCUGCCGCAGCACCAGCAAAGGGCAAGGCCAAAGUAAAGAAAGAGACGGAGCAGGACGAGGAGGCUGCAGAGGAAGAAGACGAGUACCGCUGGUGGGAGGACCCAGGCAAGGGCGAUGGCACCAGGAAGUGGGAAACUCUUGAACACAAUGGUGUCGUCUUCCCCCCCGAUUACGAGCCGCUGCCCAAGAACGUCAAGUUGAUCUACGAUGGCAUACCUGUCACGCUGCACAAGGACGCCGAAGAGGUGGCCACCUUCUACGGAAGCAUGCUCAACUCUACGCACAACGUCGAAAAUCCCACAUUCAACAAGAACUUCUUUGAGGACUUCACUGCCAUCUUGGACAAGACCGGGCACGGCAAGGACAAGAAUGGCAACACGGUCAAGAUCAAGAAGUUUGAAAAGUGCGACUUCAAGCCGAUUUUUGAGUGGUUUGACGCUGAGCGUGCGAAGAAGAAGGCGCUCUCGGCGGCAGAGAAAAAGACACUCAAGGCUGAGAAGGAGGCUGCAGAGGCACCGUACAUGUACUGUGUAUGGGACGGUCGCAAGCAAAAAGUUGGCAACUUCCGCGUUGAACCUCCUAGUCUGUUCCGUGGUCGUGGCGAGCAUCCCAAGACGGGCCGUGUCAAGAAGCGUGUCAUGCCUGAGCAAAUCACCAUCAACAUUGGUGAGAAUGCCAAGGUUCCCGAGCCUCCAGCGGGUCAUCGUUGGAAGGAGGUUAAGCAUGAUCACGAGGGUACAUGGCUGGCCAUGUGGCAAGAGAACAUUAACGGGGCGUAUAAGUAUGUCAUGCUUGCUGCCAACUCGGACAUCAAGGGUCAGAGUGACUACAAGAAGUUUGAAAAGGCGCGCGAACUCAAGAAGCACAUCGACCGUAUCCGUCAGGACUACCGCAAAGAUCUCAACUCCAAGAUGAUGGCGGAUCGCCAGCGUGCUACGGCCAUCUACCUGAUUGACCAGUUUGCGCUCCGUGCUGGUAAUGAAAAGGGAGAAGAUGAAGCCGACACGGUGGGCUGCUGCUCGCUCAAGUUCCAGCACAUUACGCUUCGGCCUCCGGAGACGGUCAUCUUUGAUUUCCUAGGUAAGGACAGUAUUCGGUUCUAUGAUGAAGUCAAGGUGGAUCCUCAGGUGUUCAAGAACCUGAAGCUGUUCAAGAAGGAGCCCAAGACGACGGGCGAUGAUAUUUUUGAUCGCUUGACGACGUCGGCUCUCAACAAGCAUCUCACCAGCUACAUGCCUGGCCUUACUGCAAAGGUGUUCCGUACCUACAAUGCGUCCUACACGAUGGCGAGGCUGCUCAAGAACAUGAAGGCUACUGGAUCUGUUCAAGAAAAGGUCAAGGCGUACAAUGAUGCGAACCGUGAAGUUGCGAUUCUUUGUAACCACAAGCGUACCGUUGCUGCCAGCCACGCGACAUCGAUUGAGAAGAUGCAUGAGAAGAUUAAUGGUCUUCGCUAUCAAGUGUGGAGGACCAAGAUGAUGAUGCUUGACGUGGACGCAAAGAUGAAGAAGAGGAAGGGUGCCGAGUUCUUUGAGCGACCAGAGGAUCUGGACAUGGAGUGGGUCAAGCAACAUCAGGAGGCGGAGGUGGAAGAGCUGCGGCAGAAGAUCAUCAAGAAGUUUGAAAAGGACAACGAGAAGCUCAAGGCGGACGGUGAGCGGGAGAUGAAGCCCAAGGAGCUGGAAGAACGCCUCGAAAAGGCUUCGGAACUGGCGGCCAAGUACAAGAAAGAAAACAAGACGGGCAAGGUCGAGGCCGAGGGCAAGGGCCCGACGAUUGAAAAGCUCGAGGGCAACCUGGACAAGCUCAACCAGCGCAUUGAGAAUAUGAAGAUCCAGAUGGAAGACAAGGAGGGCAACAAGGAGGUUGCCUUGGGAACAUCGAAGAUUAACUACAUUGACCCGCGUCUUACGGUGGUCUUCUCGAAGAAGUUUGACGUGCCGAUUGAAAAGUUCUUUUCCAAGACGUUGCGGGAGAAGUUUGACUGGGCGAUCAAGUCGGUGGAUGAGAACUGGGAGUUCUAG